GUUUUGCUUGGAUGCUGGCUCUCAGCAGCCAGCCAGAAACGGAAGUGCGGCUGAUGCGUGCUGGAUUGUAGCAAAACACACCCUUGCGUACUUUCCGUUCCCUCUGCCAUUUGCAAAAAGCUCCCAAGGCCAGGCGGUGGCUUCAUCACUUACUCCAAGAGGAAGCCUUUGUGAGCCCCCUCCCAGCCAACCAGAACAAAGCGGGUCAAAAAGGAGGAAGUCUCUACCCUGUUUGGAAGUGGGCAGCAAUAGCUGGCAGCCAAAGAAAGGCUUGGUUUGGAAAAAACCUGGAAAAUCCAGGGUGGAGCAAGACGCCUGCCACACUAGCCAACUCACCGAGGAAGAAAGGAACCGGGAUUGUAACAGCAGCAGCAGCAGGAGCAGCAGUGCUUUGGCGUGGAUGGUUCUUCUCAGCCUACGGUGGAAAUCUUCCUUCCUCAGCAGAAUGGUUCCUCAGCUGAUUCUCAGCGUGUGUCUCUUAACCUCGCUGGUUCUUAGCACAGAAGCCUCUGCAGUCAGCAACUGGUGGAACUUGGUGCCCAGGAAAACGGUGCCCUACCACGAACUGAAAGAAGGGACCAAACACUUCUCCAUGGCAGGAGUGUCCAACUAUACCACGCUGACCUUGGUGGACCCCAAAGGAUUGCUCUACGUUGGGGCUCGUGAAGCCAUCUUUGCCCUAAGCAUCAGCACCAUGGAGAUGGAGGAAGCAAUACUUUGGGAGGCUCCAGCAGAGAGAAAAGCAGAAUGUAUCCAAAAAGGCAGAAGUAAUCAGACCGAAUGCUUCAACUACAUCCGCUUCCUCCAGACCUACAACAGCUCUCACAUGUACACUUGUGGCACCUACGCCUUCCAGCCCAAAUGUGGCUACAUUGAUCUGGCCACCUUCUCCUUGGACAGGUUCUCCUUCGAGGAAGGCAAGGGCAAGUGUCCGUAUGAUCCUGCCAAGGGAUACACAAGCCUCAUUGUGGAGGAAGAGUUGUAUUCCGCAACACAUAACAACUUCCUGGGUACUGAUCCUGUGAUCCUGCGCAAUCUGGGACCCCAGUAUCCCGUUAAGACUGAGCACCUGCCUACGUGGCUGAAUGAACCCCAUUUUGUGGGCUCGGCAUUUGUCCAGGAGAGCAAAGGCAGCAAUAUCGGAGAUGACGACAAAGUCUACUUCUUCUUCAGCGAGCGGGCGGUGGAGUACGAUUGUGACAUUGACCAGGUGGUAGCCCGAGUGGCUCGGGUCUGCAAGGGCGAUGUCGGGGGCGCCCGUACUUUGCAGAAGAGGUGGACGACGUUUCUGAAGGCCCGUCUGCUCUGCUCCAUUCCAGAGCAGCAGCUGCACUUCAACCGGAUCCAGGGGACCUACACGCUGAACGGCGAUCACUGGCGCGAGACCAGCUUUUUUGGGGUCUUCCAAGCACGCUGGGGAGACGUAGAUGUCUCUGCCGUUUGCCAGUACCAGAUCCUGGAUGUGCAAAAGGUGUUUGAAGGCCCUUACAAGGAAUACAGUGAAAUCGCUCAGAAGUGGAUCCGUUACUCCGAUCAGGAACCCAUUCCCCGUCCUGGAGCUUGUAUCACAAACUGGCACCGGUACAACAGUUUCUCCACCUCCCUGGAGCUCCCAGACAACACCCUGAACUUUGCAAAGAAGCACCCGCUGAUGGAUAAGGCCGUGCCUCCCCAGGGCAACCAGCCCUUGCUGGUGAAGAAGGAUGCCAACUUCACCCAGCUAGUGGUGGAAAGAGUUCAUGGGUUGGAUGGCAAGCCAUACGAAGUGCUGUACAUCGGGACAGAGAACGGCUGGUUACACAAGGCGGUGGCCUUGCCUUCAGGUGUCCACCUCAUAGAAGAACUGCAAGUUUUUGAGGAAGCCCAACCCAUCAAGAGUCUGGUGUUGUCAGUACCAAAGAGAGUCCUUUUUAUUGGCUCCAACACACAAGUCAUCCAGGUCCCCGUGGCCAACUGCAGCAAGUACCGGACAUGCUCCGACUGUAUUCUCGCCAAGGACCCUUACUGUGCUUGGAUUUGGAAUGGAAGUCGCUGUGUCCGGAUUGAUGCUUAUGAUGGGACCUCAGUGUUGUUCCAAGAUUUGGGGAUGGAGCCCAUGAUGUGUAACCCCUUGCGUUCUUCCAGACCAGGGACCAAGAUCGUUUCCAAGAACAUCACCGCGAUGGUUGGAAUGGACCUGGUGCUACCUUGCCAGCUCACCUCCAACCUUGCUAAGGCCUUUUGGACCUUCAAUGGGCAGGAUCUGGCAGAAGACCAAGCUUCAGUUGUCUACGAUGCUCAUCUUCAGGCACUGAUUGUCUUGGACAUCAGCUUGAAGGGUUCUGGGUUGUACAAGUGCAUCCAGGUAGAGGAGAUGAAUGAACUAAUGACGGAGAGUUACCAGGUCACUGUGUUGGCUGACCCAGCCAUGUCACUGGAAACCCGGGCUCCCUUAGACAACUUGGGCCUGGUCUGGGUGGUGGUGAUUGCUCUGUCAGCUGUCUGUUUGGUUCUCCUCCUCGUGGUCUUUUCUCUGAGGCGCAGGCUGAAAGAAGAACGCGAGAAAGGCUCCAAGGCCAUUGAGAGCACCCUUGUCUACCCCAUUGAGCUGCCCAAAGAGCCCAAGAGCCCCACUUUUAUUCCCAGCACCACCUCAGACUCUGAUGAGAAGCUCUGGGACCCCGCCAGCUACUACUACUCAGACGGUUCCCUCAAGAUCGUCCCGGGUCACGCCGUGUGCCAGAAUGGGGGCACCACUCCCUCGCCCACCACAAAUGGCAUUCCUGGCCAACCCCUGCAGUCUCCGCACCUCCACUCGCCCAACCGCAUCAAUCUGGGCAACAUCCGCGGCUCGUCUUCCAACGGCUACAUCCGCCUUAAUUUGGGCACCGAGGAGCGGCCGGACUACAGUGACUUGGCCGAGGAGCUGCGUCGGAAGUUGAAGCAGAGGCAAGCUCUGCCCGACUCGAAUCCCGAGGAAUCUUCGGUAUGAGCUGCCCCGCAGACUUUGUCUGACCAAUUACUCAACUACCUCAUGUCCUAGGCCAGGGUGCUGGCCCGCAGCCAAAAUGACUCUUUCUUUUUAAGACAAGACUCUGGACACUUUUGUAACAGGCUUCCUCACAUCCCCGAUUUUGAUACACUGCCAAGAAGACCCCCUUUCCUCACAGCUCCUGCCUUGUUCUCCGCUGUGCUUCCUUGGGGACCAUUCUGGGACUUUGUGAGUGGUGGUCUUCGUCCCUUCAUCUUGGAUGUUGAGUCUGAGCCUCUAGAGACUUGCCCUUCGGCAGGGAGACCCUGCGCCGAGCCCAUUGGCCUGUUUCAGCUCCAAAAGCCGUGCGGAGGCGGUGUUGAAAUGGUUGUGUGAAAAGCAAGCUGGAGCAUCAUUCCCACGUCAUGGUUGCUAUUGGCUUCCUCGCCAUUGUUGCCAUGUUUCUUUCUUCUCUCCUGGCUUGCCUGCAAGAGUUGGACUCUGCAGUAGCGAUUUCCCCCAGAAGGUUAGGGACCAGGAGGAUGGCAAAUCAACCCCUACCCCAAAGGAAGGGCCACUUUGGGGAGAAGGGGACCUCGGAAAGACAGGCAUCCUAAGGGGCAAGGUGCGCAUUGGGAAACUCGACCAAAGAGGGGCUGGGGAAUGCUUUUAACCAUAGCUUGGCCUCCUUCCUUAUGGCCACAUUUAGAAGUGUGUAAAAGAGACACACUCGACCCACCCGAAAGUUUGUUUUUUCCAACAGUAGGCGGGACACCUUUGGGGGAUGAGGAAGACUUGGUCCUGAUGUCCUUCUGGGUGAGCUGCAUGUCACUAGAAUAGGGGGGAAAAACUUUCCAAUCAAUUGUUCAGGGGUUUUUAAAGAGCGCCAGGCCAGGGUUCAGGUGUCUGUUUUUCCCCUCCCUUAAACUCUCCUUGCAUCUUCACCAAAACAAAAGGCAUCCCGAUGUUUGAUCCCAUCCAUUUUGGGAGCCUCUUAGGACCACAUGCAGAGGAAGGGGCUGGCUGGGGUAAUUCCGAGAGAGUGGAGGAAGGCAAGAGUUGGGGGUCCGUCCCAAAUGGCGCACUCUCUGCUAAUGCCUUGCAUGUUCCCUUGGCAGGAGGGUGGUGCAGCUAGGAGAAUCAACACCCUGUCACUCCAUUGGGCUAUUUCACAUCCUCUGCCCUGCCUCCUUCGUAGUGUCCCAGGCCCCCUUCCUGAGGGAUACAUGCGAUGUCAGGAAGUUUUGUGUGUUUGCACGCUCAUGCCCGUGAGCAUGAUGGUCUUCUGCGGGCGGAUUAAGGGAAACAAGUGCCAUCACAUUGCUUCAUCCCACAGAUUACAUUCUCAGCAUCCUUCAGUGUCAUAACACAUGUGACAUUUGAUUCCUACCAGUCAAUCUUGUGCGUGUGUUUGUGUUUGUGUGGGAGAGAGAGAGAGAGAAGGGCUUUGUCUGCCCCAGCUGCUUCACUGGGUCAAGCGAAAACUUUUGCAGAUGCAGACACCCAGCUUGUGAAUUGGUUGGUGGCAACCUUGGUUCAUUUUAGGGUGAAUGUGCAAGCCCAACCCCCCCCAAAAUUUGGUAAAUUUAGGGUUCACUGUACGGGGCGAAUCCAGAAGGUGAUUGAAAUCGGCCGCGAUUGUAUUCAAACGUAUUGUGUGAAUACAAUCGGAGAUUGUCAGAGAGCGAGAAAGAGAAUGGCCCUUUUGAAAGAAACGAACAGAACCGGAUUCUUCUGCCCUCCAUUUUCCGUAGGGAGCAUGCAAUUACCUACGUUCAUUUCAACCCCUGCGUUGAAAUUGUCUGCGUGAUCACCCCCUUUCGUAUCCCGCAUGCGUUUCAUUCCAUUAUCACUAGAUGUUUGUUGUCCUUCUACCUGGACCUCUUCCUUCAUGAAAACACUACUAUGUACAUAAGGAACACACACCCUUGUUUUCCCAGCUGAGUUGUCCUGCCCUCAGCUGUAAUUUAUUUGUUAUUAAAAUGUAUUUAUUUGACGGAAAUGUACAAAUAUUUUUAUACUAAUAAUAAAAUGACAAAAGAAGAAAGGGUGGGAAAAAAA